UCGCAACACAAAUGGGUGCGGAGACAAGCAGUUCCCCAAUGGUUGGGAUUGGAAUGACAUCACCUGCCAACGCUCCUCCACGGAUGUGCCAGACCGAUGCUGAUUGCUCCGGUGAAAGCUGCCAGAGUGGAGCAUGCGUGGCGGAGAGCGACUCCAGUGGUGAUUCCUCAAAGACCAUCAUCAUAGCUGUCAGUGUAACAGUCAUCGUACUGUUGUUGGUAUUCGUCACGGUCAUUCUGCUCAUACUACGGCGUGUGCACGCUAUGCCCAGCACUACUCACCAAACACACGUCCAUGUUCACAGUGCCACUUCGGCAGGAUCGUACAAUGAUUUGAUAGGAAAAACACAGGAUCCUUCAAAGGCCUACACUACCCCAAGGCGACUACAGAACGGCGUCUGGGUCUCUGAUGAGCCGGAAGACUACACAGCACUAGAGAGGCCUGAUGAGCCACCUACAUACACACCACUGUUGAAGAUGCCGAGUGGACGGCCACCUCCGAUGGUUGGAACCAAGCUGGUUACGGUUCAAGAUGAGAGCGAGGAAAACAGCGGUGCGGCGUAUGCACAUGCACAAGUCAUCACGCAACAUGAAGAGCCAUGCUAUCGAGUCCUGGAGCUGCCGCCCAUCAAAGACAUUCCACCACCUGUUGCCAAGAGGCAGGACAUGUCAAGAACACUGCCACAGAAUGCUGCUUUAGGCUAUGCACAACUCGAGAAGGACAAGCCAGUCCUACAAGCCACGCGCAGCAUGAGUGUCACCUCUCUCCACGAGAACAAGAACAGAACACGGCGCUCAUCCUCGCAGGCGCCCAUGGCUACAAGCAAGAGCGUGAAAGCAAGCCUGCCAAGCCCUGCUGCUAAUCAAGAGGCGGAGAAGACCUGGAAACUAAAGGCGACACAGCAGCAUGAAGAGGUUUGAGCACGACGAAAAGUCCUUUCUUCUGUAGACUAAUCCGUUAUGCGUAAAGCAUGCAGCACCAGCCUUAGUUUAGUGAUCUACAGCAUAAGGGCUUUGAUUUAGCACGUAAGACAUUUGAUAUUGACUACGUCCUUCUGAUGCAUUUUUCACUGACAUGGGCUUUUAUUAUAUACAAGCACAUCAUACCAGUGAUUUGAUCCUUUUGAUUAUUCACGACACAAUUACUUUCCAGAAUCCACACCCUUCGCAGUCAUUGAAUGUUACAGUGUUGAUUGUAAUAAUGUUAUUGCUUUGAUUUCAUGAUAUCACAGAACAUUAGUAAACCAGA